AUGACCAUUAGUUACUCAGAUACUUUCCUUAGACUUCUAUUACGAUGGAAAGGGUCGUUAUGGAAAGCAAUUUGGAAACAUUUGUUAUUGUUUCUCUCCUUUUAUUAUUCAAUUAAUAUUAUAUAUAGGUUUUUCCUAGAAGAGGAUCAAAAAAAAAUAUUUAUGAAAUAUGUUAUAUUAUUCGAUAGUUGGACUAAGGAGAUUCCCUUAACAUUCUUAUUAGGUUUUUAUGUAGCUAUGAUAGUACGGAGGUGGUGGGACUGCUGCCAACUUAUUAGCUGGCCUGAUCACUUGUUGUACAAUGUUUCAGCACUAAUUCGAGGAUCUGAUCCGGAAACACGGAUAAUCAGAAAGACUAUAGCACGUUAUGCCAUCUUAGCUUCAGUGCUUGCAUGGAGAAGUAUCUCGUUGCGAGUGUUAACGAGGUAUCCUACCGACGAGCACCUCAUUGACUCUGGGCUAAUGACACGAGAGGAAUUGAAUAUUUUCAAAAACAUUCAUGUGACUGUUGACCCACAUCAGAAAUGGUUUGUGCCCAUAAACUGGAUGCAGACAAUGAUGGUUCGCUGCUUCGAAAAAGGCACCUUGACUCACACUAACGAACUGCGAGUUCUCUUGGAUUCGCUAGAAAAGUACCGUACUGGCUUCUUUCAAUUAUUCUUAUAUGAUUGGAUAGCCAUACCCCUGGUUUACACCCAGGUCUCUACAAUAUCCGUUUACGGUUAUUUCGCCUUCGCGUUGAUCGGCCGUCAGUUCCCGAGCCAGACGGAAAACAACCAAAUUGUUGACAUGUACGUACCUGUCUUCACCAUACUCCAAUUCCUAUUCUACGUGGGUUGGUUGAAAGUUGGUGAAGAUUUGAUGUUCCCAUUCGGAGCUGAUGAUGAAGACUUUGAAUUCAAUUACAUCUUAGAUAGAAAUUUAGAGAUGGCUUAUUUGAUUGUUGAUGAACUGCACAAUCAAGUUCCACCAGUAUAUGUAGAAUCUCUUGAAGACGAAGUGCAGCUCCUACACACUAAAGCUUCUGCUAGCUUAUCUUCACAUCCUCAACGACAACAUCUUCGAAAAUAUAAAAUGAAGUCAGACGAGAUGAAAAUCGAAAUGGACCAAACUCUAAUGAAGAAGAAAGCAUCAGAGCUUUCGUUUGCUGAUCUAGAAAGUUUGGCUAACGGUCCAAAAACUAAGCGAAACAGCAUCCGACCGGGAUUCACCUAA